CAGGAAAAGGAAUUUCACAAGAUAAUAUAAUUCGCUUAAGGAAAGCCCGGUCAUUUCCACUUAUUUUGUGGUGGAAUGUCAUCAGUUAAGGUGGGACAGGGCAUUUGCACUUCUUUUGUGAUUCUUCAGUUACUUCAGGCCAUCUAGGCAUAUAAGUCCAAGUCACAGGGGAUGCGAUGGCUCGGCUUGGGCUCAGAAGCAUGACAUUGCGUCUUCCCGACCUUCCUACCUUUCCCUCCUGUGGGGUUCUCCUCACAAAGUGAAUGGCCUCAGCCACACGCUUCUCUGCAGCUGCAUCAGACUUGUCGACAGGAGUGGUGGCUCCUGCAGCGCCUGCUGUCCCCACUGAGCCCAGUCUUGCUUGCCGCUGCAACCUGGUCACCAUUUUGCACCGAAAGUAUGUAAUUCCUCGGAAUGAGAGCCAACAUGCUGGGAAUGGAGGUGUCUUUAUCACGGUGCUCUGCAUAUUUUAAUCUUGGGUGGAAAGUAUGGAAAAGUAUGUGAUACCUGUGGUUUGGAUGUCAGAAGGACGUUGUCAACUUGACGUGGACUGAGGAUGUUCAGGUGCAACAGGCACCCCGGCUUCAUUAAAUGAGACUUCUCCAUCUCCCUGCCAGGCAUGCACAAGUGUAUGGGCACAUCUUAUGUGUUAUCCUUAUCUAGAGUGCGCCUUGUCGUCAUGCUUAAAGUUCCAUGAUGCUAUUCUGCCUCAUAGAGUAGGUCCCAAACCGCAUUCAACACAGAAAUGUACUCUUGCUAUUAUACUAGAAAGUGCUUUCAUAUACCAAGUGGGAGAGCAGUCCUAAAAUCUGGGCUGGAAUCACAGAAGGAAGGCUUUGGGAAGCAACAGAUUCCCUAAUCCAAAGCUGGUUUUUGAUGAACCUAGAAACAGGACCAAGAGAAGUGAAUUUGCCUAAGGCCCUGACAGUGUCUCACGGUAGCAUUUGAACCUAGCAGUUUCUUGACCUAUUUCUUUAAAUGUUUAGUAAUGCUUCCUCUGAUUCCUAUAUAAAAGUAUUCCUCAUUCAUUGUUUUGUUUCAGUGAAUUAUUGCGGUGCUACCCCGUAACAAUAUUUGAGUCAAAAUGUGGCAGUGUUUAUUCCUUUCCAAGGUUUUAAGUUGCACAGGUUUUCAAAGUUGUGCUUACAGUUUCUUGUUGGUUGCAAGCUUCCUUUCAGAAGCCAGUUGUGUGGUGUAUUGAUGUUGAUUGUUGGAGGUAGUUUGGUUAGAACGUACUUCGAGUGGCUGGCGUGGACAUGGGGGACAGUGACAGCUGCCUGCUUCAUGGGCAGAGAUGAAGUAAUUGCUUCCUGGGAAGUACCAUCCUCCUGGCCACACUCUCCAGCCCAUUUCAUUUGUGUUGGUUUCCUCGAAUCUGCACGUUUCUGGCUUCAUGUGAGUCUCAUUUAUUGUAGCAUAUGACUUUAGGCUGUGGGGAAGAAUGGCCAUUUUAGCACAGAGAUUCACACAAAGGAACAACCGGCUAAAUGUGAGUGAAGACAUUCUUAGGGGGGGUUUCAUUUCUUUUAUUCUGUAACAGGCAGUCUGGGAAGCAUUCUGGACAUGUGACCUGCGCUGUCACAGUUCCUCCUUGCAGGAUCGCAGAUGUUUGGAGAUUGUAGUGAUAACCGUUAUCAUUGAGAAGGUCAUUCUCGCAGGCUCUAACAAGGCAGGAUUUAUUCAGUGUUAAUUUGUUAAAGACAACUGUAUUUCUAGCCAAAUCCAUGGUAGACGUUUCUCUUGGCAGUGUUGCGGGGGGUAUUCCCGUGGCUUAGUCUUAGGGAAGCACACGCCUUUGAAUACUGCUGAAGAGAACCCAAAGCGCACCGGAGCUGUUUUGCCAUACGGGGUGUUCGUCACUGAUACACGUCUCAGUCAGACCUGAUGGAUUCUUGACCCCUUCCUUUCUUAAUUUUUUAAUUUUGUGUUUAAUUUUUGUUUUUUAAGAGCACAACCCCUCAGGUGGCCACCGUGAAUCUCUGGUGUCUUCAGCUGGUUGAAGCCUAUUUACUGUCUCUGGUUCAAAGAUAUUCGAAGCCUGAUGAUGCUUCCCUCGGUUGUUCUGCUGUGUGACCUCCGCGUCCGCAGGGUUCAAGAGUGUCAGAGCUGGGAGCCACCUUCACAACUACCAGGGUUUCCGGAACCUCCUUUAUCUAGCCCUGGGGAUGGAAGAGAUGUCAUCAGAGGCCAGCUGCGGGCCGUCCAGUGGCUGUGCUACUUCUACAGCGUCAUUAUGCCCAGGAAGGCCCAGUGUGUCAUCUACCACGAUCUCCAGCUCUCCCUGACCCACAAAGUGGCCGACAAGGUGCUGGAGGGGCAGAUCCUGGAGACCAUCAGUCAGCUCUACCUGUCCCUGGGCACGGAGUGGGCCUACAAAUCCGCUCUGGACUACGCCAAACGAAGUCUGGAGAUUUUCAUUGACCUCCAGAGGAAAGAGAAGGAGGCGCAUGCCUGGCUGCAAGCAGGGAAGAUCUAUUACAUCCUGCGACAGAGCGAGCUGGUGGACCUGUGCAUCCAGGUGGCACAGAAUGUGGACCUGCACACAGGCGACCCCAACCUGGGGCUGGAGCUGUUUGAGACAGCUGGAGACAUCUUCUUCAAUGGGACCUGGGAGCGGGAGGAAGGCAUGUCCUUCUACCGGGACCAGGCCCUGCCCCUGGCACUGACUGCGGGCAACCGCAAGGUGGAGCUGCAGCUACAGCUGUGCAACAAGCUGGUGGCACUCCUGGCCACGCUGGAGAAGCCCCAGGAGGUCUUGGAGUUUGCCUACAUGGCCCUAGCACUCAGCACCACUCUGGGGGACCAGCUCAACGAGCGCAUGGCCUACCACCGGCUGGCCACCCUGCACCACCGGUUGGACCAUGGCAAGCUGGCGGAGCACUUCUACCUCAAGGCCCUGUAGCUCUGCAACUCGCCGCUGGAGUUCGACGAGGAGACCCUCUGCUACGUGAACAUGUACCUGGUGCUCGGUGACAUCAUCUUCUAUGACCUGAAGGACCCGUUUGAUGCAGCCGGGUACUACCAGCUGGCCCUGGCAGCCGCCAUGGACCUGGGCAACCAGAGGACACAGCUGAAGACCUACACGCGGCCGGCCACCAUCUCCCACAACUUCCUCCUGGACCGUGAGAAGUUGAUCCUCUUCUACCAGAAGGCCAGGACCUUCGCCACAGAGCUCAACGUCCGCAGGGUCAACCUACCUCCUCUGCCAUUCUGCGGGUACAGACAGGACGCGGGGGUCCCGCUGCCCGCCCCGCCCGGCCCUGCACAGAAGGGGACUGAGGCCCGGCUGCGCCGCGGCGACUCGGUCCGCAGGUUCCGCAGCCGAUGGCUGGCUCCAGCAGGUUUCACCCAGCCCUCUUCCCCACUUCGGAAAGCCAGGCGCAGUCCACUCACCAUUCCUCGGCUCCCCGGGUGUUCCCGCGUCAGCGAGGGAUGUCCCAAUAUCCGCAGGUCACAGGGUGGCAGAGGCUGCUGCAGAGCCACCUGGGCCUCCCAGAGCCAAGAAGUAGCAGCUGAGACUCACGGAAAGAGCCUACUGCGGCCAAGGCCAGACAAAGCGCCCGCCAGCCAGAUCCCGGAAGCCGCCCUCUCCUUUCCGGUGGCGCGCCUGAUUGAACGCUCGCCGCCCCAACGCCCCUGA